AUGUUCACAACGAGUGGGAUGGUAGCAGCUCCUCAACAGGCGACAGGUCAAGUCGCACAAAAUGGAAGCACUACCCUACCGAGGUCUUAUCACCAAAGAGCAGGCAGACCACCGGCAGCUCCAAAAUCAUAUGACUAUUUGUUAAAAGUAUUGCUCGUGGGUGACUCGGAUGUAGGGAAACAAGAAAUAUUACAAGACUUAGAAGAUGGAUCUGCUGAUUCCCCUUUUUGUAGUGGAAGUGUAUAUAAAACCACGACGAUCCUGCUAGAUGGUAAACGUGUGAAGUUACAGUUGUGGGACACUUCAGGACAGGGUCGCUUCUGUACAAUAAUCAGAUCAUACUCGAGAGGAGCUCAAGGCAUCUUACUGGUGUACGAUAUAACAAACAAGUGGUCCUUUGAUAGUAUAGAUCGCUGGCUUGAAGAGGUUGAAAAGCAUGCGCCCGGAGUUCCAAAAGUACUUGUCGGUAACAGACUCCACUUGGCCUUCAAGCGUCAAGUACAAGAACGCGAUGCUGAAUUAUAUGCAGCCAAGAACCAUAUGGCCUUCUUUGAAGUGAGCCCGCUGUGUGAUUUCAAUAUACGUGAGAGUUUCUGUGAAUUGUCACGGAUGGCACUACAUCGGAACGGCAUGGAAAGACUGUGGAGAAGCAAUAAAGUAUUAAGUCUCCAAGAGCUGUGCUGUCGAGCUAUAGUCGCUCGGACGUCCGUGUACGGCCUCGAGCGGCUGCCUUUACCAGGAGCUUUGAAAUCACACCUCAAGUCAUACGCGAUAUCCGCCGCACCCAGCCGCCACCGCGCCCGCCCCUCUAAACACACACACCACACACGACUCAACUGCACUGGCAGGAACUCUUGCUCAAUCGCCUGA